CCACCCCCGCCGAUUAUGGAUGUUUAGUAUCGACGUUGUUGCUGGCGUAUCGCCGCUCGCUCCCGCAUCCGAUUGCAGGGUGUGUGAUAAUUGGUGCUCGAGAGUGCGACGGGAGGUCGAGGGUGCCCUUGCCGUGUUCCUGGCGCGGGAUAAUGAGCGGGAUCGCGGGACGGCAGCCGAAAUCGUACGGCGACGCGCGAUCAUGCGUCCGUCUCGCUACCUGCACGCCGCGUUAGCGUCCCUCGUCGCCGUCAAUCAUGAUCCUGCGUGACCGUGAUCCGCCAGGACACCAGCAGCAGCAUGCCGCGCGACGACCGUUCGGGGAGGACGCGUGCACGUGUCGCCGCGAUUGCGACCACGACGUUGCUCCUGCUCACGCUGAAUAUCAAGUGCAUAGAUACCGAGAAUUUGGGACUGGAAAAUGUUUGCAUAUUGAAAGACCUUCACCCUCUUCUUAUCGUCACCUAUAAAUAUCUCACUAUGUCUGUGGACACAAUUCGUGUACCUCACAACGAACGGUUGAUGGUGAGAUGUCGGGAGAUAGGUAAAUACAAGUUCAUCGGCGACUCCUUGCUGCACUGCCGCAACGGCACGUGGAACGGAAAGGAACCUGUUUGCGUGCCUACCACAGCGAUCUCCAAUUACACCGAAAACGUGCCGCCGACCAUCGACUUCGGUCUACCCGCUGGUUCGGCCGUGGUGGAGCCGACCGGUGCACUCGCAGUUUUCCCAGGAAGUAUCCUGCACCUGGAGUGUCUCUUCGCUAGGAAGUUGGGCAAUCCCGAGUGGACGUGGAGCUCAACCCAUCGAUAUCCUUCGGGAUGGGCGAUCGCCGCACGGGAAAGAGACUGGAAGUAUCGCCUGUCGAUAUUCUACGCCAAACCGCACGAUUCCGGAAUAUACACGUGCACCACGCCGAAAGGAUUCAACAACUCUAUACAUGUUCGUGUCACAGACGUCCAGUGCCCGGGUUUGGACGCCCCGGAGCCGCCGUUAAUCAGUCGCAUCGAGGGCAGCCGAUUAGGACACAGUGCCAUUUUCGAGUGUCCGGUGGGAUACAGAUUAGAAGGUGCUUCCAGAAUCACGUGCCAGUACAACGGCAAAUGGUCGACGGAGGUGCCGCAUUGCGAGAAGAUCAAAUGUUCGGAGAUAAAUAUUCGAGAUAACGCGUUAUUGGUACUGAACGAGCACAAUAAUACCUACGGCGAGAAAGCCGUAUUCAUCUGCAUGUGGGGAUACAAGCUUUCGGGCUCGCAGAGUAUGACGUGCGAAGGGGACGGCAAGUGGAAUGGAUCUAUGCCGACUUGUCAGAAGAUCACUUGCCCUGUACCGGAAACGCCACCAAGCGGACGCAUUGUCGAGCAGCCGCGAUAUGCCAACAAGAACAACAAGAAGCAUUAUCACGGCCGAACAUACAAAGUCGGCGCCUUAGUGAGAUUCGCCUGCCAACUGGGUCAUCAAUUGAUAGGAGAAGCGGUCAUCAUAUGCACUGAGAACGGCACCUGGUCUCACGAUCCGCCCGUAUGCAAGGUAAGAUGCCCUUAUCCAGGUGAUCCCCCUCACGGCCGAAUCGCGCCUCUGAAGUUUUGGUACAAACCAGGAGAUAACAUACAGGUAACAUGUUCGCCUGGCUACGUGACUCCCCUGGAGCCAGUGAAAAAACCAUCGUGUCGCGAAAACGGCAUUUGGAGCGCGCCACCGCCGCCCUGCCGAUCUUACAAGGAGGUGUGAGAGCGAGAAACUGAGUACUCCCAAGGAUCUCUCAUGGACUAUACUGUGCUAUUUUAUCUUACAUGACGAAGGACAUUCCGAUAUUGAUUAUACGGGUAGCAAACGUGCAUCAAUACUAAGAGAACCGUGGAAACGUGGAAGCGUACUCACUUUGUUUCGAAGGGUAGAGACGUUACGUAAAGCAUAAUGAUAUUAUCAGGAUGAAUAUAGUCACAGUGUUACCGAUUUACCGAAUCGACAAAUAAUCACGAGUAGAUUACACUGGAAGGAGCACCUUGCGUUGAACGUAGAUCAUGGAACGGCCAGUAUUUUAUUUAUAAUUUUCUUCCAGACGUACAACGAUUUUAAUAAAAU